AACACCAUCCGUGUCAACCCUUCUCACGUAUUUGACGAGCCGCGCUCUAUUCAUUAGGACCAGCUUCAUUUUGGUACCGAUACACGUAACGUAAUCAUCCUUUAGAAUGUGGCCCGUCAUAACCGCGCUUGAAGCGUCGAAGCUGCUUUCUCUCUCGGUAUAUCCAUCACGAAUAUCCAUCGUGAAGUGGCAGCAAAGUAUAAAUGGAAUCUACGAGGUGGGAUACGCGAUAUCCUUGGUAGCUCUCUUGCUUUCCUUAGGAAUUCUCACGUACUUUCGAUCUCUCAGAUGCGCACGGAUUACACUGCACAUGAAUCUAUUCACGUCGUUCGCGUUCAACAAUGCUUUGUGGCUGAUCUGGUACAGGUUCAUAGUAGCAAAUACGGAUCUACUACUUAAUAAUGGCAUAUUUUGUCGCAUUUUGCACGUAGUCCUUCAUUACUUUCUAUUAACAAACUACGCUUGGAUGCUCUGCGAAGGCUUCUAUCUGCAUACGUUACUAGUGAGUGCAUUCACUAGCGAGCACAAAUUAGUGAAUUGGCUGAUGGGACUCGGAUGGCCAAUGCCAGCUGUAAUCGUCAUCUUAUAUACAGCUUUACGUGCAUCCAGUGACGAUCCUGCAGACACUGAGCAGUGCUGGAUCAAUGAGGGCAAUUAUAUAAACGUACUGGUUUAUCCCGUAUGCGUUUCCACUUUGUUGAAUCUACUUUUCCUGUUUAAUAUCGUACGAGUUCUUCUCAUGAAGUUACGUGGCGGUCCUGCCAUUGGAACGCGCCCUUCACGAUCUAUGCAGCAAGCUUUCAGGGCCACGUUACUUUUAGUGCCCCUCCUGGGCCUUCACUAUUUAGUAAUUCCAUUUCGGCCGCCAAAAAAUCAUCCUUGGGAGAAUUUUUACGAGGUCCUUUCAUCAAUCACCGCUUCUUUCCAGGGUCUCUGUGUCGCUGUGCUUUUUUGCUUUUGCAACGGCGAGGUAAUAGCGCAAUUCAAGAGAAAGUGGGAUGGCAGCGUCCUUUUACGAAAACGAGCCAAUUCCUGCACGGCCACAACAGUCUCGGUCCGAUGGCGGGAGAGGAGAAGGUGUGACUAUCAGCCGGCAGCAGCGGUGCCGAGGGACGACGACUGCAAUAAGCGAUUGGCGAGCGAAGACCAACAACUGCAGCAGCAGACCGUUUUGAAAAAGAAUUUCACCAAAGCAAUUGCGGAAGAAUUUCAAGAAUUUCGAUUGUUUUCAAGAAUCAGCGAAUCCUAA